GUGAAUUCUUGGCCCCAUUCCAAAGACUUUCAUGAACACACGGUUUCUCAUCCAUAGAAGCUUUACUUGUUUUUCAGCCGUGUCUCCUUCGGCUAUUUUGAUACUAUCAGCUUAGACACAAAAGCAUACCUUCAAACGCUGCAAAAAGAGCCCCUUGCUAGAACGGAUAUUUGAGACUCAUCCAGCCCUAAGAAUAAAAGCAUCCUUAUCAACCACAUGAUAUGAUACCCAUGGCCGAAACCACUGCCAACCUCAUCCCCUGUCGUACCCAGGCCAUCCAGAGAAACUUUGUACUACUAUGCCAGUACCUCAACCUAGGCAGCGACUUUGACACAGGCUCACAAGGCCUAGUCCAGCACAUGCUGCAAAGCUCCUAUAUCCGCCCCUUCUUCGACGAAUAUACGCGCGACUACCUGAUGGAAGCCGAGGAGAUAGAAGACAUCAACCUGCAGAGCCUGCAGACAUGGUGUAAGAAGAAGAAGGUCUUCACCGCCAAGCAGUACACCAGCUGCCGCAACGUGCCCGACAAGUUGGGCUGGACUGCGCUCGACCACGCCGCCAGAUUUGUGGUGCAAGUUCUGCGGUACAGUUGGAGUCAUGAGGGGGCUUGGAGUCAUGGGGAUUGGGACCCGGAUUCGGAUGGGGAGAGCGAUUUGGAGUUUUGGCAGGUUUGUAUGGUUUUACGGCAUUUGCAGGCGGAGUGGGAGGCGGAGAACUUGCCUGAUUGGGAUGAGGAUGGGCUGCUGGACAUAUUUCGAGAGUUGAAUCUGGGCAGGGAUGGGCUGCAGGACAUGUUUGGGGAGUUGAAUCUGGGCAAACUGUGAGACCUGGAGCUGGACUCGAAGGGGAGCAGAGCGCACAGAGCGUCGAAGUUCACUCGAGUCAUUGGAUCAUGGACGCUACGUUUAGCGUUGCUGUCACUUGAUUCUGGCACAUUCACCAACCAAGCACUUUCGGGUGGAUAGACGAACUCACGUGUAAUGAUUAACUUCUUUGCUGUUUAUCUGAAGCUAUUCUUAUUCACUCUUACAUAGCUUUAGAAGAAGAAAAAAUAACAUUUUCUUUUGGCC